UUUUCCACUCAAAGGCCCAUUUUUUCAACUCUAAAGUCUAAACCCCUCUCUCUCUCUCUCUCUCUCUCUCUCUCUCUCAUCCCUGUUGUUUCCACAACAAAAUCUCCAUCGUUAAUUUCUCGUCACCCACUCAACCGCUGCAAACCUCCUCGAAACUCCGACUGCCCCGGCCAUAGCCGCCGGAGAAGAAGAGGCAGAUGGCGGGAAAACCACCGACGACGGCGACGGACAUGGCCAUAGACCAGAUGCCCGAGACCCCACAUAGAGGGUCCCACCACCGUAGGGCCCACUCCGACACCUCCUUUCGCUUCCCGAACUUCGACGACCUCCUUCUCUUCGACCCUUCCGACCUCGAUCUCUCUGCCCUCCCUUCCCCUUCACCGUCUCCGUCCCCUUCUCCUUCACCGGCGGCACGUGGAGUCCCAGUGCCGGUCGACUCCUCCAAGUCCUCUGAUGAAUCCUCCGGUCCAAACCCCAGGGUUAGGAACAGGGCUUCUGGGUCUUCUGGGCCAAUUUCUCACUUUAGGAGUUUGUCUGUGGACUCUGAUUUCUUCGAUGGCUUGGGCUUCGCCGGAGACACUGGGAAAGAAGUGGUCGGAGAGAAGAGGCCUGGACAUGGGCAUAGCAAUUCCAUCGAUGGAUUGGAGGCAGAGUCGGCUUUGUUGGGAGUUGAUGGUGUUAAGAAGUCUAUGGGUCCUGAUAGGCUCGCUGAGCUCGCUCUGAUUGACCCCAAAAGAGCCAAAAGGAUUCUUGCUAACAGACAAUCAGCUGCGCGUUCCAAGGAGAGGAAGAUACGUUAUACAAAUGAGCUGGAGAAGAAGGUACAGACACUUCAGACAGAAGCAACCACCCUCUCAGCACAGGUCACACUCUUACAGAGAGACACUACUGGGUUAACUGCUGAGAAUAAGGAGCUCAAACUUCGAUUACAAGCUAUGGAACAACAAGCACAACUCAGAGAAGCAUUGAAUGAAAAAUUAAGAGAAGAAGUACAGCGGCUUAAGAUAGCUACUGGACAAAUGCAAACCAUAAAUGGCAAUCCUUUCAACAGGGGGCUCCCUCAAUUUGCUUCUCACCAGCCAGCCUUGCACCCUUUUGGUGGCCCCCAGGCCCAGCAACAGCAACAGCCGCAUCACAUGCUUCAGUCAUCCAACAAUAACCAAACUCGUAACGGGCAGCCUAAUCCUAGCUUCAUGGACUACAACCAGAGGGUGUAGAAUCAACUAAUAGGGAAUUUUAACGUGAAAUUGGCUCAGGUAGGUUUUGUACAUAUAGACAAUGUCAUAUGUAUAUGUAUUAUGGUGUUGCCAGGUACAAGAAGAUUGUGGAAAGUGUUUGUCUUUAAGAUCAAUUCUGUUGUAUCAAUUUACACACAUGGCUAUAUUGCUACUUACUAGUGCUAGAUUAGAAUCAGUAGAGAGUGUGUAGAACAAACCCUACAGAACCUUCGAUGGAGUGGUGGGUGGAUAUUAUGAUUUUGUAUUUCAUUGAAAAACCAUCCUCUCGAACAUGAACUAAUAAGACUAUUGAGAUGCUUUUAAUC